AUGUUUCAACAUUCUUAUUCGACUGAUGAUCCAUCCAUUCCGAUUCAACAAGAACAACAACACACCAAUGAUCAUCAUGAUGAUGACUACGAGAGAGAAAUGAUUAUUCACAACGAUAGCAUGAAUAUCGUCUUACUCUCGCAACAAAUCUAUGAAUAUAUUGCGCAAAAAGAUUUUAUGCAAGCCUUGAAAUUAUUGAUAGAAUGGAUGAAUUCCGAUCAAGCUACUCCGCAUGAUGCUGCGCAUAUUAUUGAAUUUUUAAAAAAGAUAUACAAAUUGGGUUUUCAUCAUUUGUCUCACGUGUUUCGAGAGUUACAAGAAAAUCAAAACGAUUGUAAAAAGUUAAUUCUCGCUGCCAUGUAUUGUGGCAGAUGUGGUCAUCCGGUGGAUUAUGAAAAAGCAAUAUCAUUGUUUGAAUCAUCGGAUUCUCUCAAAUCUCACUACUUUUCUCAAAACAUGAUGGGAAAUAUUUAUUCGAAUGGAAAUGGAGUCGACAUUGAUUAUACUAAAGCUAAGGAAUAUUAUGAAAUGGCUGCAAAACAAAAUUAUUCAAGUGGUUUCCAUAAUUUGGGAAAUAUGUAUUAUUAUGGAAAUGGAGUACAACAAGACUUCACAAAGGCAAUGGAGUUAUUUGAAUUGGCAGCUCAAAAAACUCAUUACGAUGUUACAUGUAACAAAUAUUUAGCAUUUGAAAAUCAUUAUGCAGAAGCAUUAUAUGUACUUGGCACGAUGUAUGAAUUGGGAGAUGGAGUGGAAAAAGACACUAGAAAAGCAAUAGAAUACUAUCAACAGGCAGUGCAACUCAAUCAUGAAUAUGCUGCUUUUUCCAUUGGAGAAACAUUUGAAAUAGAUAAUAAUUAUGAAGAAGCAGUGAAAUAUUUCAAAAUUGCAUCAAGUCUUAACUUUGUUGAAGCACAGUAUCGCUUGGCAGAAAUGUAUCGAGACGGUAUUGGCGCAGAACAAAAUCUCACCAAAGCUAUUUAUUAUUUUGAAUUAGCUGCAGAAAAUGAAUAUUACGACGCAGAAGAUCAAAGUAAGGAGUUGCGGCUGCAAAGAUUUUGUUCACAUUUUCACAACAAAUUGUUGAGCCAUUUAGCGCUGCAUUCAUUUUCAGAUGUGUGCACAAUUUCCUUUCAAGAAGUGGCUGAUGAAGACUAG